UGUACGUUUGCCACUAUUUGACACAACUGUCAAACUGCGUUCGGCCUCGAUGAGACCAUCGCCUGCUGUUCCAUGCGCUUUGGAUUUAUACGCGAUUCGGAGGGUCGAGCUGAUUGUCAUUUCACUGCCACCGAAAACGAGGUGUAAUCGUGCACGGGACCGCACCGAAACGGAAACCAGGAAUCCAGAGACAGUUUUGUGUAUCGUUUGUGCUUAACCUACCAACCCCCAAAACAGAGAAAUGUUCCGCUUGCCAACAGUUUUGCGCGUUGCUGCCGCCCGACAGGUCGCUGCCAGUCGUGGCUACGCCAAGGAUGUUCGCUUUGGGCCGGAAGUGCGUGCCCUUAUGCUGCAGGGUGUGGAUGUGUUGGCCGACGCCGUAGCCGUUACGAUGGGACCAAAGGGCCGCAACGUCAUUCUGGAGCAAAGCUGGGGUUCGCCAAAAAUCACCAAGGACGGUGUGACGGUCGCGAAGGGCAUCGAGCUGAAGUGCAAGUUCCAAAACAUCGGAGCCAAGCUGGUGCAGGAUGUGGCGAACAACACGAACGAGGAAGCCGGUGACGGUACCACGACCGCUACCGUGCUGGCCCGCGCCAUCGCCAAGGAGGGUUUCGAGAAGAUCUCCAAGGGUGCGAACCCGGUCGAGAUUCGGCGCGGCGUGAUGCUGGCCGUCGACACAGUGAAGGAACAUCUGAAGACGCUCUCGCGCAAGGUAAACACACCGGAGGAGAUCGCCCAGGUGGCAACGAUUUCGGCCAACGGUGAUCGCGCGAUCGGCGAUCUGAUCAGCGAAGCGAUGAAGCGCGUCGGAAAGGAGGGCGUGAUUACGGUGAAGGACGGCAAGACGCUGAACGAUGAGCUGGAAGUGAUCGAGGGCAUGAAGUUCGACCGCGGUUACAUUUCGCCGUACUUUAUCAACUCGAGCAAGGGCGCGAAGGUCGAGUUCCAGGAUGCGCUCGUGCUGUUCUCGGAGAAGAAAAUCUCGACCGUGCAGUCCAUCAUCCCGGCACUGGAGAUGGCAAACCAGCAGCGCAAACCGCUCGUCAUCAUUGCGGAAGAUGUGGACGGCGAAGCGCUCAGCACGCUCGUUGUGAACCGGCUGAAGAUUGGGCUGCAGGUGGCCGCGGUGAAGGCGCCCGGCUUCGGAGAUAACCGCAAAUCGACGCUGUCCGAUAUGGCCAUCAGCACCGGUGGCAUCGUGUUCGGUGACGAUGCGAAUCUGGUGAAGCUGGAGGAUGUGCAGCUGUCCGAUCUGGGACAGGUGGGCGAAAUUACCAUCACGAAGGACGACUGUCUGCUGCUGAAGGGACGCGGCAAGCAGGAGGAUGUGAACCGCCGGGCGGACCAGAUCCGUGACCAGAUCGCGGAAACGACGUCCGAGUAUGAGAAGGAAAAGCUGCAGGAGCGUUUGGCCCGCUUGUCGUCGGGUGUGGCCGUACUGAAGGUUGGCGGUUCGAGCGAGGUGGAAGUGAACGAAAAGAAGGAUCGCGUCAAUGAUGCGCUGUGUGCGACGCGUGCCGCCGUGGAGGAAGGCAUUGUGCCCGGCGGUGGUACUGCGCUGAUCCGUUGUGCGCCGGCGUUGGCGAAUCUGAAGGGUGCGAACGAGGAUCAGAACACGGGUAUCGAGAUCGUGCGCCGUGCGCUCCGUAUGCCGUGCACCCAGAUCGCCAAGAACGCGGGCGUCGAUGGGUCGGUGGUGGUGGCGAAGGUGGAGGAGCUGAAGGGUGACUUUGGGUACGAUGCGCUCAACAACGAGUACGUCAACAUGAUCGAGAAGGGCAUCAUUGAUCCGACGAAGGUCGUCCGGACGGCGCUGUCGGAUGCGUCCGGUGUGGCGUCGCUGCUGACCACGGCCGAAGCGGUCGUGACGGAAAUCCCGAAGGAGGAACCGGCAAACCCGAUGGCCGGCAUGGGCGGUAUGGGCGGAAUGGGUGGAAUGGGAGGAAUGGGUGGUAUGAUGUAAGAUAGUGUUGUUCGUCGAGCUCAGGGACAUUCUAGCAGGGUGUGAAGCUGUACGGGAAGCUGCUCACAAACCCUUUUUCCAUCCGACUCUUCGAUGAAAGUCCUAGCAAACUAACACCAGAGCCGGGUGGAUACAAUUUGGUGCGUAGCUUCCCGGUUACACCUUCGCCGGCUGUAUGGCUGGCUAGCUUAAUGCAUUUAUUGUUUUCUCAAAACGACAAAUCAUCCCGUUUUCCCCCCCGGUAACACCGCAACCACCACCAAUACCCGUGUUCGAGAGCGCGAGGAUUCGUAUGUGCGCCAGAGUGUAUGUUUCCAAGUGAUUGGCGUAUUCUCAUCACGCUCGACAAACACAUCUCUCCGUGUGAGCCUUCCAAACCCUGGGGCGACCACGGCUUAGGAGGUAGUAGUAGUAGAGGGAGUCUUGUGCGUAAAGUUUGUUUUAAAUUAAAACACAUCGCCGCGUCACGUCACUGGCGCGUAUAUAGAGGGAGAGAGAGAGAUAGCAGGAGUUCGAGAUAAAACACAGCAAAGAGCCGUCGUGUCUAUGCGAGGCAUAGCGGACACAACAUCCAAUGAACAAUAUUUAGCGUAAGACAGCCGGUAGAGUUUAUUCCUCGCAAAGGAAGGAUAAGGAUUAGGUUAAGUGGAAACGCGUUGGUCCUGUUGUAGAAGUCACACACACAAAUCGAUCGAUUCGGCGAUCAUAUUAGUCUGUAAGAGAGAGAGAGAGAGCGCGAGCAAGCUAUAUCUACAACCCUUGGGGACCUUAGCACUACCGUUACUGAGCGUUAUUUUGAGGUGAGCUUGAGUGUGUAGCGCCGAGUAUAGAGUUGGGCGAGUUGAGUGCGAAUAGUAGUAAUAUAGCCACAUCAUUAUUGUAGUUUGUAGAACUUCUUUUAUGUUGUUUCGGACAUUUGUUUCUCUGUUUGUAAGAACGCUGUGCUUUUCGUUCCAUAACAUUCUUCGUACGAGCAUUUCUCUUAGUAGUUUUCCAAAGCGUGCAUUAGGGUAACACCACAGUCAGUAGCACAGAACAUCCUUGCAGGCGUGCCAAUCUCAGAUAUCGCUUUACAGAGGGCUUACGACCUGUUGUAAUAAGGAGCAUGUCUAGUAUCGUUGAUUCACGAUUAGUUCGGUUAAGGUUCGUUGAAAUCAUACAGUGCAAGAAGCCAGAACUGUCUCGUACGGCCAAAACUGCCAGAGCACCCACCACCAGGACAGCAGGGACGAAAUGAUUUCGAUAGUUGUAAUUAUUUGUUUCGAGAGCGUGUGAAUCGUCCCAUACGGUGGUGUGGUGCUGUGCCCGUGCGAAGAGAGAAGACAAACCCCAUAAGUUCCAGUGAUCGUUUUCCGCGACGAAAUAUGAAUGGUGAAAUACACGGACAAUUACCAUUUUCUUAACAAAAA